CUCCCGCCGAAGAACUGCCUCCUCAGGGCGCAGCGGCUUUGCCACCAGAGCCGGACGACGCAGCGUCAGAGGCGGCAUCGGGCUCCGAGGAGCGCGGCGACGAGAUUGGUUCCGAGCUCGGCGACAAACAGGAUGAGCUUGAGAGUGCCAAGCGUGAGCUUGAGGAGGAAGAGGCUCCACCGCAGGGCGCGGUAGCCAAGGUUGAGAAUGAGGAGCGCUCGCCAGAGGCGGCAGCGCCGCAGGCGGAGGAGGAGGAGGCAGCUCAGGACGAUCCGCCAGCAGGCGCUCCCCAGGUAGGGGAGUUCGUGGAUGUGCAUGGCAUCGGGCAUAGCAUCGUGCGUUGCAACCGCUGCUGUCGCACGGCAAAGGAGUGCAACUACAGGAUCAGGGCGAGGGGCCAGUCGACUUACCAGUGCGACGCGUGCAACACGAACGGGGUGCGCCUUUCUCGGAGUUUCGGACAGUGGCCGCCAAAGUGUUUCGCCAAAAUGAAGAGUGAGUUCAAGCAGCAGUUCUACAAGGAUCUGGCAGAAGAUCCUGGGCUGUCGAACCUCGAUCGCAUUGAAGCCUUCGUGGUCAGCUCAAUCACUGAAGUGGCGCACGACGGCUUCGACGCGAAAAAGAUUGAAGAUAAUGUGCAGGAUAAGAGGUGGAACCCUGAUCUCGGGGAGUGGACGUACAGGCCGCAAUUGGAGGCGGCCUGGAGCGAGACAGUGGAGGCCGCAGUGCGCAACGAGCUGUACACCGAUAAGAGGACGCAGGCGAAGCAGAGCGGCCCGCGGGCAGCGGCCUCGACGGGCGUCUCAGAGCACGGCGGCGACAAGGGCGACAGAAGCGACGAGAGCGACAUGUCCAGAUCCAGGCGGCGCCGCAGGCGCAGGUCUGACAGCCGCAGGAGGAGGAGGCGCAGCAUGAGCAGGCGCGACAGCAGGGGCAGGCGCGACAGCAGGAGCAGGCGCCGCGACAGACGUCGCGACACCAACCGCAGCAGGAGCCGCUCGCGCGGCGACCGCGACAGGAGCAAGAGCCGCCGCAAGGGCAGGAGCAAGAGCCGCGGCAAGAGCAAGGACAGGAGCAAGAGCAGGGAUAAGGACGCUGAGAAGGAGCGGAGGCGACAGGAAGCGAGGGAGAAGGCCGAGCAGGCCAAGAAGGAGACGCAGGAGAAAAACCUGGCGCUGAAGUGGAUCGGCACCGCAACGAGGCUCGAGACAGAGCUGGACGGGUACCUCGAGCAUGAGAAGGCGGACAAGGUGCCGUCAUGGGCUGUGAAGAACGCGAAGGCGGCGAGGAAGUCUGUGGCAGUCAUGAAGGCGGUGGCGCAGAAGCGCGUGCACAGCGGCGUGGCGUUGACGAUCACGCAGGACGAGGCCAUCAGCAUCCAGAAGGAUGCGAGCUCGGCGGCGAGGGCCAUCGCGGGGAUGCUCAAGGAGGCGCAGAAGCACAGCACCUGA